UUUUAAUUUGAGAGGUUGACAUUGACAACAGCAACAAACACAGAUUUCGAACUGUAGAAACACAAAAACAUAGGAAAACACAUUCAUUCUCGUUCUUCUACCUUCCAAACAUGGUUGCAUUCUCCAUCUUCGUUUUCUUCUCCUUAAUCCUCUUUCUUCAACCUUCUUCUUCUUCUUCUCUUUCUAUCUCCAAUAACCCCAAUUUCGACUCCGACAUUGACAUCUUCGGCGAUGCAAAGCUUCUCGCCGAUCACUCCGGUGGGUCCCACGUCAGACUCACCCACCAUUCUUCUCUCACCGCCGGUCUCCUCCUCCGUCAUAGCCCCGUCACGUUCACCAACCCCACUUCCUUCUCCAUCGAAUUCACAUUCUCCAUUACUCCCGAUCCCGGCGAUGGUCUUAUCGUUCUAAUCAUCCCCGGCGAUCUCUCAUCUGCAUUCCCAGGUAAUGGCUCCUACGGUCUUUCCCCUCCGACAAACAGUUACCUCGGUGUCGAAUUCGAUACCUCGAAGGACAAUGAUGUUGGUGAUGUGAACGCGAAUCAUGUCGGUAUCGACGUGGGAAGCCUCAUCUCCGUCGCUGUUGCGAAUGUCUCUGAAUCGAAUAUGGUUUUGAACAGUGGCGAAAAGUUGAAAGCUUGGGUUGAUUAUGAAGCUGGGUCGAAAAGAUUGGAAGUUAGGUUAAGCAAAUUGAAUGAACCGAAAUCUUUGAAUCCGAUUGUUUCGCAUGACAUUGAUUUGUUUAAGAUUUGGGGUAAUGAGCCUGUGUUUAUGGGUUUGAGUUCUUCGAAUGAUGCUAAUUCUGUUCAGGUUGUUCGUGUUUAUUCAUGGAAGGUUAGUUUGAAGAAAGUUUCAAAUUCAUUGCAUUCUGAACCUGUUAACCCUGAAGAACAUGGACAAGAACAUGAACAAGCCGUGAUUGAUGCGAAAAGAAAGUAUCGUCCUUUGACAUUUCUGGCUGGUUUGAUAUUUGGAUCUGUUUGUGUUGUGUUGGUGACAUUUGUGGUUUUGUUUAUGUGGGUGAUUUUCUUCCAUAAACGUGAAGAAGAGUCUCUAGCUAAAUUGCCUGAACACCCUUCUGAUGUAAGGUAUGAAAGGAUUGAUGUUGCUGUUGACAAGAAUGCUGAAGAUCACGAGGAACAACAUUAGAGGACUUGAUAUGGAAUUCUUUUGUUUGGUAGGAAAUUGUAAUGUUGUUGUUGUUGUUUUCUGUCUAUAUUUAAUUAAUGUGGGAGAUUCUUUUUUAGGAGAUUAUGAUAUUGUAGAUUCAUUGUAAACCAACUUUGUAAAAUACUUGUACUUCAUCAUGAUUGGGAACCACUUUUCGUUUCAUUCA